UCAGUCAUCGCCGCCUUUGCCGCUGCCGUCAGGGAGAAGUGAAGCGAGGCAAAUAACGUGAACUUCUACCUUUAUUUUGUGUUUCGAAACGUUAUGGGAUUCUUUUGUCUAGCAUUUCACAAAACCAUGGCCUGUAGAACACAACAGGGUAUUUUGAAGGCUACGGAAACAUCUCGGAGCGCUGCUGCAGACAGAGUGAGGACCCGAACUCACUGAUGUGAGGUGUAGUGCUUUUCUGAGUGUGCUCAUCCACUCUUGAGCAUCAGGAUGAGUGGGACAGGAGAGCAGACUGAUAUCUUGGCUGUCGGGAGCAUGGUCCGGGAGCGAUGGAGAGUGUUGAAGAAGAUUGGUGGAGGUGGUUUUGGCGAGAUUUAUGAAGUGCUGGACCAGGUGAACCAGGUCAGUGUGGCACUGAAAGUGGAAUCUGCCCAGCAACCAAAACAAGUCCUGAAGAUGGAAGUAGCAGUUUUGAAAAGACUUCAGGGUAAAGACCAUGUUUGUCGUUUUGUUGGCUGUGGACGCAAUGACCGAUUCAACUAUGUAGUUAUGGAGCUUCAGGGAAGGAACUUGGCCGACCUUCGACGCAACAUGAGCCACGGCACCUUUACCGUUUCCACCACACUCAGGCUGGGCAGACAAAUCUUAGAAGCCAUCGAGAGCAUCCACUCUGUGGGCUUCCUGCACAGAGACAUCAAACCCUCCAACUUCGCAAUGGGCCGACUUAACAGUACAUGCCGAACCUGUUACAUGCUAGAUUUUGGGUUGGCACGCCAGUUUACAAACUCAUGUCAAGAAGUCCGUCCACCACGUCCUGUGGCAGGAUUCAGAGGGACCGUCCGUUAUGCUUCCAUUAAUGCUCACAAGAAUAAGGAAAUGGGUCGACAUGAUGACCUGUGGUCUUUAUUUUAUAUGCUUGUGGAGUUCAUGGUGGGUCAGCUACCAUGGAGAAAAAUCAAAGACAAAGAACAAGUUGGAAAUAUGAAGGAGACAUACAACCAUCGCCUCUUGCUCAAGCACCUCCCAGAUGAGUUUAGCGUUUUCUUUGAUCAUAUCUCCAAUCUGGACUACUACACUAAACCAGAUUAUCAGCUCCUGAUGUCAGUCUUUGACAACAGUAUGAAGAGUUACAAUGUCGUGGAAAAUGACCCAUAUGACUGGGAGAGACUGGAUUCAGAGGACACACUUAAUGUGGGAACUCUGGCAACCACAGCCCAGCAGUUGACUCGUCUCACACCUGCAUAUUUAGGUAUGGCCAAUGCCUCUGCAAUCCCGGGUGAUCUGCAGCGUGAGAACACAGAGGACGUCCUUCAGGGUGAGCGCCUCAGUGAGGCUGAUAACUGCGCCCCCAUCCCAACACAGCCAGCACUGGGAGCCGAUGUCUGGGAGGAUGUGGAGCACAGCCGUGACCGAAACCUCAACCACGUUCAGCCACAAAUCAGAAAGGUGGCUAGUGAGGAGGAGCGAAGCAAAGAGGGCAACCAAAGCCCCAACAGUGGCUCCAUCCAGGGCUCUCCCAGACGCGUGCGCUCCGAAACCUUGCUCAUCGACCACAUGGCUCCGCUGCUAAGACGGAUUCGCCACAGUCAGAGCAUGGGGCUGGAUAAGAGACUGACUCCCGAACCCAAACCUACAAUUGAACGCUUCCUUGAGGCCUAUUUAGGAAAGCAACGUCCAGGUCUGCCCCAAGACAGGGCUGUCUGCCGGGUCGAGCAAGGCUCUUUGGAGGAUGAGGAGGGGGCAGCAAGCAGUGGUUACGUUGCCGUGAACCUCAGCCCUGUCCCACAAGAGGGCGACUCGCAGGAGUGGGUCCUAGUGGAGCUUGAGGGUGGUAGCGGUUCAGCCGGCUCUAAACCAGAUGAGGAGGAACGCUCAGGGAUCUCGCCACGCUCCUCCAGCCCCCUCGCUCUCCCUCGUACCUGGUCUGAUCCCCUGCCUCAGCGCACUAGCAACCUGAGCGGCACAGUUGAUUUCCACACAGGUGUCUGCCACACUGGACCUCCAUUUGCAAGACUUCCGGGUCUACCUGGAGUAAUAGGCCUGUCUGGAUUGAGAAGACUACCGACAAUACAGCCUGCGACAAUGGCACACCUUAACAGGACCCAUCUGGAGCAGUCCUCCAGUGCAGCAGUACAGUCCGUUCAGCCUCAGAAGAAGACAGGAGACGACUUUCAGCCUAACAAUCCAUCAGGAACUGCGGAAAAGGAGCACAACCAUGUGCCAGCAGUCAAUUCACCCUCUAAAAGCCCUAACAAGCCAGAUGAAAACAUGAUUUCUGUUAAGGCCUUUGAUAAGGAUGUGGAGAGCGACUCGGGCUGUCCUGACGGUGGACCUUCUUCAACCCCCAACCAGGGUGAGAUGACAGGACACAGUGUUGAUGUAGCUCCAGCUUCACCUCGUGAACUCUCUCCACGAGCCAGUCGCAUCCCAGUCCGUGACCCGGACUCUCCGACCCGCAAGUGUUUUCCGGCUCCGCUUUCUCCAUCUUUGUCACUGUCAUGCGAGCACUUCCCCUCAGCACUGCUGCGUGACAAAUUCACCUUCCCCACCGGUUCUCGAGGGUCAGACUGGCAGGUGGAGGAGCCGCUGUCUUUGUCCUCCUCCUCAGGACCUCUGUCGAGCAAGAGUAAAAUACCAAGACCCAUAAGCCCCACACUAAUGACGGAUCAGAUCUCUGCUCGAUUUAUUCCUCGACCGCCACCAGGAAAACCACCUCUCCGCACUGGUGGAGAAAACAGACGCAGACGUUACCGCAUUCGUGCCAGCAGCACCGGCGACACGGACCUCCUUGACAACCUGUCUCAACUGAUGCAGGAGCGAGGUGGACUGACCGUCAGCUCGUCCCGCUGCCAGAGGACCACCGCUUGCUCUCUGCAGCGCUCGCUGAGCUCCUCUCCUUCUCGUUUUGAAGGUGCUCACAGCCAAUCGCCAAGCAGCUGCUCCGCCUCCCCCCCUCCAAGAAUCAGUGACUUGCGAGUAAACCACGCCUCUGGCUUCUGCUCCAGAGUCAGAGCCGGCAGUGCUGAGAACAAAACCACCCCCAAAAUGAGCAAAUAAACAGAAAAGUGUGUAAAGAGAAACGUCCAGCGGUUUUAAAAGUAGCUUUUAACGUCUCCUGAAGAACUGUAGCCUUUUUACAAGUGGUGUUUUGAUGAGUAGAGAGGUAAAAGGUUUUGCCGGUUGGUUGUGAUGUUCUUGAAAGUAUCAUGUUUUGGAGAUUUUAGGGAAACGUUAAGUAUUAAAGAGAUAUUUCACUCAAAAAUGAACAUUUGCUGUUACUUUACUCAUCAUGGUGGAGAUUUUCAGCUAAAAAACAUGGUGCUUAAUGAUUCAUAUAUAUAUAUAUAUUGAAAAAGCAUACAGGCAAAACAAAACUAAUGUUACCAAAACUACAUUUUAACUUUUUAAUUCUCUUUCUAAUCCACUGCUUGUAAUUUCUCUUCAUAAAACCGCUGUGGAUUGGUUUUUAUUAUGCCUAUAUGUCUGUUUGUUUUUGACUCUCAAGGUACUUGAAGCUGUUGACUAAAAUUUUAUGAAUCAACAAGGACCUACAUUUUCUUUUAAGUUAAAAAUCGUUCAAGUUUUCCUGACGGACCAGAUGAACUGAGUGAGUAAAACAACAACAAAUGUUCAUAUUUCAGUGAACUAUAAUUCCUUAAACAUGCUGAAAUCUUCCAGUGACGCUGUGUAUCUUUAUAUCUAAAAAGAGCUGAUUUCACUUCAUCUUUUUUUUAUUCAAUAUAGUUUGUGCCAUACUGUGUUUUAUUUUCAUGUAUAUAUGUUUUUGUUCCUAUAUAUACAUUUUUUAAAUAUAGUUUUUUUUUUUAAUACCAAUUUUGCAUAAUCUGACUUCCUCGUUGUCUUAUUUUAAACACUAUCAUUCAAUCACUAAUGUUUGAAAUGUGAAAACAAUGAGGCGGCACGUAGUACCUCAUUGUAUUCUAUCAAACAGAUGCAUGUUACUUGUUUUGCAGGCACUUCACAUCUUUAGCCUCAUGUUUUUCCCCCAACAAGUGUUGAAAUGCUCUUUUCAGCUAACGCAGGGGUGUGAAAUUCAAUUCCUGGAGAGCCACAGCCCUGCAGAGUUUAGUUCCAGCCUUGCUUCAACACACCUAUCUGUAGGUAUCAAACCUAAAGCACUCAAUUAGUUUGAUCAGGCGUGUUUAAUUAGGGUUGCAACUAAACUGUGCAGAGCUGCGGCCCUCCAGGAACUGAGUGCACCUGUGAGCUAAUGGCUAUCUAUACACUAUAAUAUCAUUCAUGUAUAGAUACACCUGGUCCAAGCAAGCAUGUGUAAAUAUGUAUUUCAGGGAAUGUAUGUACUGUAAACUGUAUCAUCUAUAGAAUGUAUUUAUUUAUUUAUUGGAUGUGGUUACGUACCUGACGAUGUAGCUUUAUUACCCGCUACUGAGGGAAUUCGCCAUCACAUUAAGGGUCCUUGCAGUUGCCAAGUAUAAUCUCCUCCAUGCCUGCAAUAUCAUACUAACAACCCCUGUAAAUAGUCAUAACGUCGACAAGAAACUUACUGAUUUAUUCCAGUGAAAUGCUACGGACCCUUCUAGGAACUCUUCAUUCAGACACUAUAGUCCCAUUACUAUAUUACUUGAACACAUCAGCAAGAUGUCUGUUUGAUACGUUGGCUGUUUCGGACUCGAUUUGGGAUUGAAUUCUCUCUUGUUGUAUUUGUUGAAAGCAUUAGGCCGAUGUACAAAGAAAGGGAUUGUAGCUACCGAGUCAUUACCAUGAGUUUGUUGUGUGCUGUGCUGCUAGAAUAGCUGUUUUGUUCAGGAUCGUUUAUUUGUUUUGUUUUCUGAAGGUAUUUUUACUUUAAGAGCAUCAGUUUAGGCUCCAUCAACUGAGGGAUGGCGAAUUGUACAUAAUCUGAACUGUAUAUAGAUAUAAAUAUAUUAAGAGAAAAUAAAUUCCACCUCAUGCUUCAUGUACUGUAUUUUGCUAACAAACAUAUUUCAAUCAUGCAAAAAAGUUGGAAUGUAUAUGUAUUCAUAUUAAUGGAAUAAAUAAGUACUCUUAAGUA